AUGGCGAACGCCAACGCGGCAUCGGAUUCCGAUCAACGCGGCCCCUUCUCCGGCACCAAGCGGCGCGGGCUCUUCUCCGGCGCCACCGCCGCCGCCGCCGCUGAUUCCGAUCGCCGUCGCAAGAAGGUGAGGGGAUUGGACGGUCGAGAUCCUCCUCGGAUCAAUGGGCCACCGCUGCUGCCGAUUUCGCCUCCGACGCCUCCGAUUGAGGCAGAGGCGGCAGCCCCCUACGUGGCGAGCGGAUCAGAUGAGUUGACGCAAGAUUCGGAUCUUUUCGGGAGUGUUGUGGGGGAGUUGAUGAACCCUAAGAGGAAUAUGGAGAUUAAGAUGUCCAAGAAGAUCGGUCUUGUGAAGGUUCCGAAUAGUGUCCGGGGUUUGCUUAUGACCGGAAUAUUGGAGGGAUCGCCCGUUCGAUACAUUGUCUCCGAUUCCUCGCAACCAGUGCUUCAUGGAGUGAUCAAGGGGACGAAAAUAUUGUGCUUCUGUUCUUCCUGUAACGGCUCCAAAGCUAUUUCAGCUCAUAAUUUCCAGCAGCAUGCUGGGAGCACAAAGAAGCACUUUGCAGAUUUCAUAUGCUUGGAAAACGGAAAUAGCCUCAGCGACGUGUUGCAGGCAUGCAAAAGUGUUCCACUGGACAUGUUGGAAGAGGCGAUACGAAAUGCAAUUGGCCCAGUGACCGCGAAGAAACCCACUACUUGUCAAGAAUGCAAAGAGUCAUUUCUUACUUCGCGUGCUGGGAAGUUCGCAUCAUUAUGCGAUUUGUGCUUUGACUCGCAACAAUCCCAAUAUGCUCCAAGUUCAUUGCAUGCAAGGUUGCCCAAGAAGCCCAAGUUAUCGGAUAGCACAUCACAGACUGCAUCAUCCAGCAAGAAGAAAUGCAUCACUGGUAGAUUAACGAAAAAGGACCUUGGAUUGCAUAAACUGAUCUUUAAGAAUGAGAUUUUGCCCGAGGGCACUGAAGUAGCCUACUACGUUGCUGGAAAGAGAAUACUCGAUGGUUAUAUCAAAAAUCAUGGAAUAUAUUGCCUGUGCUGCAAUAAAGUGGUCAGUGCUUCACAGUUUGAAGCUCAUGCUGGUCACGCACCAAGAAGAAAACCUUACAAUAACAUCUACACAUCAAAUGGAGUUUCACUACACGAAAUAUCAGUGUCACUAUCAAAAGAAAGGAAGUUGUCAACAAGUGAAAGCGACGAUCUUUGCAGAAUCUGCGCAGAUGGGGGUGAUCUUCUCCUUUGUGAUCUCUGCCCUAGAGCUUUUCACAAAGAAUGUAUUGGUUUAUCGACGGUUCCAGAAGGAGAUUGGUAUUGUCAGUAUUGCCGUAAUCUCCACGAAAGAGAGAAGCAUCUGGCUUACAAUUAUAAUGCAAGAGCUGCUGGGAGAGUUGAUGGUGUCGAUGCCAUAGAACAGAUAUUUAAGCGGUGUAUAAGGAUUGCCGUGAUAUCAGACACAGACCAUAGCGUUUGCGUGUUAUGCAAGUCACAUGAUUUUAGCAAAUCAACAUUUGACGAUCAUACUGUGCUGAUCUGUGACCAAUGUGAGAAGGAAUAUCAUGUAGGGUGUCUAAGAGACCGCAACAUGGCUGAUUUAAAGGAAUUGCCUGAAGGGGAGUGGUUCUGUUGUGCUGAUUGCGGUCGAGUUCAUUCUGAGUUGCGAGAAGUGCUUCGUCGUGAAGCGGAGCCCCUACCAUGCUCAGAGGCAGAAGUCAUUAGGAAGAAGCGUGCGCAAAGAGGCUUGAAUAAUGAUGUGAACGAUGAGAUCAAAUGGAGACUGAUUGCCGGUAGAAAUGCUACAGAAGACAGUAAAUCAUUGCUAUCCGGAGCAGACACCAUUUUUCGAGAGUGUUUCGAUCCUAUAGUUGACCCUGCAACUGGAGCAGAUCUUAUUCCACCAAUGGUUUAUGGACAGAAUGUGAGAUAUCAGGACUUCAGUAGGAUGCUUUGUGCAGUAUUAACUGAGGGAUCCUCAGUUGUGUCAGCGGGCCUCUUACGUGUUUUGGGAGGUGAAGUGGCUGAACUACCGAUAGUCGCUACUAGGAGGGAUACUCAAGGAUUGGGUUACUUCCAAGCGCUGUUUUCCUGCAUCGAGAAGCUGUUAGUGUCCUUGAAAGUUAAAAUUUUUGUACUCCCGGCAGCUGACGAUGUUGAAUCUAUGUGGACUACGAAGUUUGGCUUCACUAAAAUAACUUCAGAUGAGUUGGAGAAAUAUCUUAAUGGCGCAUCGGCGACCGUCUUUGAAGGCACAUCAACCCUGUUUAAGCAGCUCCCUCUUUCUUAAAUUCUUUGCCAAGGAAGAAAUUUUGCUUCUCAGUAGCACAACAGAGCAAUUUUGGAAACAGAGAUUUUUGUUUUAUAAUACCACAGAAGGGCCAAUUUUUCAAGAGCUUUUCUCAGCAAUGUACAUAGGAGGUUUCUCUAACAUAUAGGACGCGAUCACGCCGACAAAGCUAUAUAAGUUAGUAUAAUGAGCCGACAAAGCUAUAUAAGUUAGUAUAAUGAGUGACGAGAGAUGUAAGUAAAGAGAAGAUAGUUGGAGAUACAGGCAAAGUUUAAGAUUACAGAAGACAAAAGAUACUGCUUUUUUUCUUUAAUUUUGUUUUUUGUUCCUCCCCCUCUUCUAUUGGUUCUGACUCUCAAUUUUGUCGCAGUUUUGCUCACUUGAUGAUUCUGUAAGAUAUAUUUGUAAAGUUGUCAAUGAUUCAUCUGAAAUUCUAGUUGUUCUAGUAGUCCUAAGGUGAGAAAAUUUUCACUAAAAUGCUACAAUUCGCAGAUUCGAUCUCUUCUUAA